UAUCUAAACUCGGCAAACUGAUUUCUUCAAAGUGGCUGGUGCAGAUUUGGUGCUCCGUUUACCGUAAAGCCCGCGCCCUAGAUUGUGUCUGCUUGCUUCAGUAGUUUGGGGAAUAAUAUUUGGGCGGAUUUAGCACACUUCGCUCCGUUAUCUGCUGUGACAGUGGGAACCAUCAGCCUCGACGUGGACGUGGUCAGUUGGCGUGUCCCGACUUGGAGUGACGGCUGUGCAGUCCUAUGAUUCCUCCUAAACAUUUCUGCGCUGGCCCCUUUUCUAACAAACUGUAUCGCUAACUUUAGUUAUAUCGUGACCUAUUUAACACCUUCGUUGGAAGUUGACGACAGCCGGGGUUCAAGAUGUCGGUAGCGGGCUUGAAGAAGCAGUUUUAUAAAGCCAGCCAGAUGGUAAGUGAGAAAGUCGGAGGUGCUGAAGGAACCAAACUAGAUGAUGACUUCAGAGACUUGGAACGGAAAGUAGAUGUGACCAGUAAAGCAGUAGUGGAGGUAAUUUCCAAAACAUCAGAGUACCUUCAGCCCAACCCAGCAUCACGGGCCAAACUGUCCAUGUUGAACACCAUGUCUAAGAUCCGCGGUCAGGUGAAGAACCCAGGCUACCCUCAGGCCGAGGGGUUGCUUGGGGAAUGUAUGAGCAAGUAUGGACGGGACCUCGGAGAGGACACUAACUUUGGCGGCGCGCUAGUGGAUGUUGGAGAGGCCAUGAAAAGAUUGGCAGAAGUCAAAGACUCUCUAGAUAUCGAUGUCAAACAGAACUUUAUCGAUCCAUUGCAAGGGCUCUGUGACAAGGACCUCAGAGAGAUUCAGCAUCACCUGAAGAAGCUGGAAGGCCGUCGCUUGGACUAUGAUUAUAAGAAAAAGCGUCAGGGCAAGAUCCCAGACGAGGAGCUUCGACAGGCCCUGGAGAAGUUUCACGAGUCAAAGGAAGUGGCCGAGACGAGCAUGUACAACCUGCUGGAGACUGACAUAGAGCAGGUGAGCCAGCUCUCAUCCCUGGUGGAGUCCCAGCUGCAGUACCACAGACAGGCUGUACAGGUGCUGGAGGAGCUGUCUGACAAACUCAGAGACAGGAUGAAUGAUGCUCAGUCUCGACCAAGACGUGAAUACACACCUAAACCCAAACCUAUCUUUGACUUUGGAGAAGACAGCCAUUCAAAUGGCGGCUACUCAACUUCGAUGGCCCCUCCACCUUCACGCAACUCAGCCCCAGAGCAGCCGAGCUGUAAAGCACUGUACGACUUUGAGCCAGAGAACGAGGGCGAGCUGGGCUUCCGCGAGGGCGAUAUUAUCACCCUAACCAAUCAGAUCGACGAGAACUGGUACGAGGGCAUGCUGAACAGCCAGUCGGGAUUCUUCCCUCUCAACUAUGUCGAGGUCCUCGUCCCGUUGCCACACUAAUAUAAAGAGAGCAUGAGCGUUAAGGAGGAGACUGAUGGAGAGGAGGAGGAAGAGGAGAGAGCAAGUAGAAUUAGUAGAGAGGGAGGAAAGCAAAGCCAAGGGAUGGUCCGCAGAACAUUCAUUUUCACCUUCAGCUCCAACGUCACCAUCAGAGACAAGCACUUUUUGUCAUCUGGAAUUCUGGAGAAGACGGUCACAUUUCAAAGUCCAGACCAGAAUAUCAACCUGUUCCACCCAAAGGUAAAAGGAUCUGAGACGGACAUUAAGUGUCAUCACCCGUUAUCUGGCAGUCAGAAACAUUUCCUGAGGACUAACUGAUGACACAUUUAUAAGCAAUAUUUCCUUUAACCACAGAAAUUACUGAUAUCAUAAAGAUAAUUUGUAUUAAAUCUGGUGUUUAUGAUGGGGUGACAUUGAUAUCAUCCUGUAUGUGUGACUGCAGUCUGUUUAAAACUCAGGUUGCUCACCAACUUAACAGUUAGUUUCAGGCUGAAGAGGCCAACUUGAAACAAAACCUCACAGUAAGUGUCAAUUAACUUGGCUGAAUAUCAUCCUCAUUUCAAAACUGAAAACUGUUUGUGUCCCUGAAGGACUAGAGCUCAUCUCAUGAUGCCACCUGCUGGCCAAACUGAGAAUUACUCUCACCUAAACUAAAAUGGAACUACACACGACUAAAAAUGUUGUUUGUAUCAAAAAAGAAAAAAUACUGCAUUUGCAUUUUUAAUGAGAAAUGAGCAGAAAUUAUCCUCAGAUUUGUGCUUUACACCAUGUUCAGGUUUAGGCCUAUUUGUAAUGCUCUUUAAAAGAUCUGAGUCUAACCUGUGCACUGAUAGCUUCAGAAGACAACAGGCCUGAUACAGUGGUGUCCUCUCAGUAUUUGAUUUAUUUCAGUCUCAACCUACUACAGUAGCUUUAAAGUAGAACUGCUUACUGAAUACGUGAGAACAUGUAAUUGCACCUUGGUCCUCAGAUGAGAUUGAUGUGUGUGUGUGAAAGACUUACUCCACCGCUACACACAGACCCAAAGUUAAAUGCAGACGUUGCACCUUUUUGUCACUCAAGGCAGGCGUGUUUGUCGUGUAGACAUGCAGAGUUAUUACGUUGUUUAGUCUGCUUGUCUGUUCAAUAAAGGAGACAGAGCCAAAAAAUCUUUAUAAAAUGCAAUAGAAACAUAUCGCUCAGUGCGCCUGUUUGCUAAACUGCUAACUAUUCUGUAAUAUAGCCAUAUAUUCAUUUAGUUUUGGGCCUGUUUGUCUUAGCAUGUUUAGCCUUUCCUGUAUUCGGUCUUUUGACCUGUUGUAGGCGCCUGUUACCUCCAUGCAGUGCCUGAAUAGAUGACGCUGCUGGCAGCGACUCAGUCUUUCAUAUUCAUCACUAAGUGUCCCACUAUUUCUGUUUGCCGUCGUGUCUUUGAGAAUGUGAAACUCAUCUGUGCUUUGAAACUUAUUCUGACCCUGUGAUUCUGAUGAUUCACAAUGGCUCGAUUUAUUUGUGAGUAGUACGUUGGGCCGAUGUAGACGGGUAUCGUUCCUGUUUAGUUAAUCUAUUUGGACAAGGCUGGUUCUUGUUCUGGAUUUAACCACAGUCCACACCUGCAGAUGGAGUCUAAUCCAACAUACACUGUACAGUAUGAGGGAAAGACCUGGAGUGAAAGGGAAAACAUCAAGGGAAAAAUAAAUGUAAGCUGUUGUUCACUUUGGCGAAUUUGGAGAACUUUGUUACCAAACAUGAAAAUUUACCAAACAAAUUGUCCGUCCAGCUGAUUUCAAACUGUCUGGAGGUUUAAAAAAAAGUUAAAAUUGUGAAUGAGAAAAGUGUCAUGUAAUAUCUCUGCUACAUUUCCCCCCGUAUUGUCUGUGUUUGUCUAUCACUCCAUGCUGCCAAACACUUCCCCCACUCCCAAGUUUGGUCCUUGUCUAAUAUGUUUACAUCUCUGAUCUUACUACAUUUCAAUGCUUGUAUCAAGUUCAGGGCAAAGUUAAAGGGCUGUAGGAGGUGCUGUCUGGAUCACACUGUUAUAAAAAAAAAAGUCCUUGCUAGCUUUGUUUUAGUGCCUUUGGAAAAGAAAGGAGGGAAAGUACCGCAACUAAUCCAGCAACCAAAACCUAACCUAGCAACUUAAGAAUAUGGUCAAGAAUUUCUUUUCUACUUUUGGUUUUUAUUUCUAGCCAUUGGCGCUUUUCAUGUGUAAAGAUAAAAUGCAUGUGUGCACAUUUCUGCACAUCUCUGACACUACAGGCAGUUUCCUAGACAUGUGUUGUGUAGACUAAUGUGAGGUUGAUCAGCAGACCACCAGCGGAAACUGUUUUUUAUGUAGAUUUUAAUCCAUGUUUGAAAAAAACUAAAGUCCCACUGAUUUCUUCAUUUUUUUUAAAGGGCUAUGUAUUUGUUUAAUCAGUCUUAAAUGCUCUUUGGAACAGCAUUAAAUCAUUCUGGCUCUCUAUAGUAUUAUUUUUUAUAUACAAGACCUUAAAACAUUUAAAUUAAUCUUUGCAUGUAGUCCUAUAUUACACCUUGUACAUGUAUGUCUUUAGAUUUAAGUUGCCUUUUUACUUUUGGUAAGAGUACAGAAUUUAACCACAAUAUUUUGUCUUUUAUUAUUGUAUGUGCUUCUUUCUUGUCCCCCACCCCCCCUUCUUACAAUAAAUAAAAAAGAAAAAUGUG